AUGGCUGAAAUCAUGGACGGUUACUGGCAGGCGCCGCCUCUGGCAAGAACUCUCGCCCUUGGUGUCUUCGUCUCCUCCGUCGGUGUCUACACUGGACUGCUUAGCGGGUCGUGGUUCUAUCACCACUACAUGCUCUUGUUUACCGUACCGCCGCAUCUGUGGCGGCCGGUUGCAAACUUCUUGAUAUCUGGCCCUAAACUGGGCGUCAUCCUCGAUCCAUACUUCCUCUACUCCUACCUGUCGCAGAUGGAGAUGUCCAACCCCAGGUUCCCGAGGAGAGAGGACUGCGUAUGGUAUCUGAUCUUUGUUUGCUCUCUGAUUUUGACCAUUGAUGGCGUCUUCGGCCUCAACACGGGCUUUUGCCUACAAGGCCUGAUUCUGGCUCUGGCCUAUACCGGCACACAAGACCAGAGGGGUGUCAAAGUCAAUUACUUCUUCGUCACCAUCCCUGCUCAGCUCAUCCCCUAUACGAUGAUGCUCAUGACGAUUCUUACCCAAGGCCCUGGGGCGGUUCCAAUCCAGCUCGCGGGCUUAUUUUCUGCGCAUAUGUAUGAUUUCCUAUCACGCAUCUGGCCCGAGUUUGGAGGUGGCACGAACUGGAUCGCUACUCCUGCGUUCAUCACCAGGCUGGCAGGAUCGACAGCGAGGAUUCAGGAGCGGACGUUUGGCACGGCCAUCCGCCCAACUGGUUCCGGCUCAGGUGCUGGUAGCGGGCCUCUGCCGGACUCAUGGAGGACGAGAGGUAAAGGACAGCGUCUGGGGUAG